AUGGGCAAGACGGACGCCGGAGCAUUGGCUGUUGCUGCCCUGCUUAUUGAACUGGAAUGCUUCCCGUACCAACCAGAUUUCCUAAUCCCUACACUCACCGGAACUAAACCAGUGCUCUUCCUGAAAAAAUCGACACCCGUGUCGCCUUUUGACUGUGACUUCGACAACAGCGACUUUUGUCAGUACGUCAACAGUGCGAAUGAUGACUUCGAUUGGGCACUUGGUAGCGGCGGCACACCAAGCCCGGAAACUGGGCCUAGCGCAGACCACACUACGGGAACUUCAUUUGGUUUCUUCAUCUUCACUGAAGCAUCGGAACCAAGGAACCCUCUCGAUACAGCUCGACUAGACAGCCCCAAAGCCAUUGCACCUGCCACUGGUGCGUGUGUCAGAUUUUGGUACCACAUGUACGGGGCAGACAUGGGAUCAUUGACGGUAUACACAGGUGAUGGUCAAGGUGGUCUUGGCCUUGCCCGCUGGUCAGCGAAUAGUAACUCUGGUAACCAGUGGUGGGAGACAGCUAUAAGUAUUGACCCUGGGCUCGAAUUUCAGGUUUCCUUUGUCGGUGAACGUGGAAGUGAUUUCAAAAGUGACAUAGCCAUUGAUGACAUCAUACUCGAUGAUAAAGAUUGUAUCCCACCAGUGCCAUCGUCGGCUUUGAAAUGUGACUUCGAUUCUAACAACCUAUGUCUCUUCGAAAACAGCCAGAAUGAUGACUUUGAUUGGACACUCGAUAGCGGUGGCACCUCCAGCUCAGACACUGGGCCUGACUCGGACCACACUGUAGGAACUUCGAGUGGUUUCUACAUCUACACUGAAGCAUCGAGUCCCAGACUUUCAUCAGAUAAAGCUCAACUAGACAGCCCCAAAGCCAUUGCACCUGCCACUGGUGCGUGUGUCAGAUUUUGGUACCACAUGUACGGGGCAGACAUGGGAUCAUUGACGGUAUACACAGGUGAUGGUCAAGGUGGUCUCGGCCCUGCCCGCUGGUCAGCGAAUAGUAACUCCGGAAACAAGUGGUUGGACGCAUCAAUAGAUAUUGCCUCUGGGCUUGAAUUUCGGGUUUCUUUUGUAGGUGAGCGAGGAAGUGGUUACAAAGGUGAUAUAGCCAUCGAUGACAUCGGCGUUGAUGCCGGCAAAUGUGAUCCAACCGUGCCAUUACCAGCUUUGAAUUGUGACUUCGAUUCCAACAACCUUUGUCAACUCAAAAAUAGCGCUUAUGAUGACUUUGAUUGGACACUCAAUAACGGCAACACCCCCAGCGCAGACACUGGGCCUGACUCAGACCACACUACACGAAAUUCAAGUGGGUUCUACAUCUACACUGACGCAUCUGCUCCCAGAGUUGCAUCCGAUAAAGCUCGACUAGACAGCCCCAAAGCCAUUGCACCUGCCACUGGUGCGUGUGUCAGAUUUUGGUACCACAUGUACGGGGCAGACAUGGGAUCAUUGACGGUGUACACAGGUGAUGGUCAAGGUGGUCUUGGCCCUGCCCGCUGGUCAGCGAGUAGUAACUCUGGUAACCAGUGGGUGGAGACGGCAAUAGAUGUUGACCCUGGGCUUGAAUUUCAGGUUUCUUUUGUCGCUGGACGUGGAAGUGAUGUCAGAAGUGACAUAGCUAUUGAUGAUAUCAGUGUUGAGGAAGGCGAAUGUUUGCCGACCGUACCGUUAUCAGCUUUGAAAUGUGACUUCGAUUCCAACCACCUUUGUCAAUUUAAAAACAGCCAGAAUGAUGACUUUGAUUGGACACUCAAUAGCGGUGGCACCUCCAGCUCAGACACUGGGCCUGACUCAGACCACACUGUAGGAACCUCAAAUGGAUUCUACAUGUACACUGAGGCAUCUGAUCCCAGAGUUGCAUCCGAUAAAGCUCGACUAGACAGCCCCAAAGCCAUUGCACCUGCCACUGGUGCGUGUGUCAGAUUUUGGUACCACAUGUACGGGGCAGACAUGGGAUCAUUGACGGUAUACACAGGUGAUGGUCAAGGUGGUCUUGGCCCUGCCCGCUGGUCAGCGAAUGGUAACUCUGGUAACAAGUGGCUGGACGCAUCAAUAGAUAUUGCCUCUGGGAUUGAAUUUCAGGUUUCUUUUGUCGGUGAACGAGGAAGUGAUUACCACGGUGACAUAGCCAUCGAUGACAUCAGCGUUGACGAAGGCGAUUGUAACCCAACCGCGCCAUUACCAGCCUUGAAUUGUGACUUCGAUUCCAACAACCUUUGUCAAUUCAAAAAUAGCGCUUAUGAUGACUUUGAUUGGACACUCAAUAACGGCAACACCCCCAGCGCAGACACUGGGCCUGACUCAGACCACACUACACGAAAUUCAAGUGGGUUCUACAUCUACACUGACGCAUCUGCUCCCAGAGUUGCAUCCGAUAAAGCUCGACUAGACAGCCCCAAAGCCAUUGCACCUGCCACUGGUGCGUGUGUAAGAUUUUGGUACCACAUGUACGGGACAGACAUGGGAUCAUUGACGGUAUACACAGGUGAUGGUCAAGGUGGUCUUGGCCCUGCCCGCUGGUCAGCGAGUAGUAACUCUGGUAACCAGUGGGUGGAGACGACAAUAGACGUUGACCCUGGGCUUGAAUUUCAGGUUUCGUUUGUCGCUGGACGUGGAAGUGAUGUCAGAAGUGACAUAGCAAUUGAUGAUAUCAGUGUUGAGGAAGGCGAAUGUUUGCCGACCGUACCGUUAUCAGCUUUGAAAUGUGACUUCGACUCCAACCACCUUUGUCAAUUUAAAAACAGCCAGAAUGAUGACUUUGAUUGGACACUCAAUAGCGGUGGCACCUCCAGCUCAGACACUGGGCCUGACUCAGACCACACUGUAGGAACCUCAAAUGGAUUCUACAUGUACACUGAGGCAUCUGAUCCCAGAGUUGCAUCCGAUAAAGCUCGACUAGACAGCCCCAAAGCCAUUGCACCUGCCACUGGUGCGUGUGUCAGAUUUUGGUACCACAUGUACGGGGCAGACAUGGGAUCAUUGACGGUAUACACAGGUGAUGGUCAAGGUGGUCUUGGCCCUGCCCGCUGGUCAGCGAAUAGUAACUCCGGAAACAAGUGGUUGGACGCAUCAAUAUAUAUUACUUCUGGGCUCGAAUUUCGGGUUUCUUUUGUCGGUGAACGAGGAAGUGAUUACCAUGGUGACAUAGCCAUCGAUGACAUCAGCGUUGACGAAGGCGAUUGUAACCCAACCGCGCCAUUAUCAGCCUUGAAUUGUGACUUUGAUUCCAACAACCUUUGUCAAUUCAAAAAUAGCGCUUAUGAUGACUUUGAUUGGACACUCAAUAACGGCAACACCCCCAGCGCAGACACUGGGCCUGACUCAGACCACACUACACGAAAUUCAAGUGGGUUCUACAUCUACACUGAUGCAUCUGCUCCCAGAGUUGCAUCCGAUGAAGCUCGACUAGACAGCCCCAAAGCCAUUGCACCUGCCACUGGUGCGUGUGUCAGAUUUUGGUACCACAUGUACGGGGUAGACAUGGGAUCAUUGACGGUCUACACAGGUGAUGGUCAAGGUGGUCUUGGCCCUGCCCGCUGGUCAGCGAGUAGUAACUCUGGUAACCAGUGGGUGGAUACAGCAAUAGAUGUUGACCCUGGGCUUGAACUUCAGGUUUCUUUUGUCGCUGGACGUGGAAGUGAUGUCAGAAGUGACAUAGCUAUUGAUGACAUCAGCGUUGAUGAAGGCAAAUGUAGUUUGCCGACCGAGCCGUUAUCAGCUUUGAAAUGUGACUUCGAUUCCAACCACCUUUGUCAAUUUAAAAACAGCCAGAAUGAUGACUUCGAUUGGACACUCAAUAGCGGUGGCACCUCCAGCUCAGACACUGGGCCUGACUCGGACCACACUGUCGGAACUUCAAACGGAUUCUACAUGUACACUGAGGCAUCUGAUCCCAGAGUUGCAUCCGAUAAAGCUCGACUAGACAGCCCCAAAGCCAUUGCACCUGUCACUGGUGCGUGUGUACGAUUUUGGUACCACAUGUACGGGACAGGCAUGGGAUCAUUGACAGUCUACACAGGUGAUGGUCAAGGUGGUCUUGGCCCUGCCCGCUGGUCAGCGAAUGGUAACUCUGGUAACAAGUGGCUGAAUGCAUCUAUAGAUAUUGCUUCUGGGGUUGAAUUUCAGGUUUCUUUUGUCGGCGAACGAGGAAGUGAUUACCAUGGUGACAUAGCCAUCGAUGACAUCAGCGUCAAUGAAGGCGAUUGUAUCCCACCAGUGCCAUCGUCGGCUUUGAAAUGUGACUUCGAUUCCAACAACCUAUGUCUCUUCGAAAAUAGCCAGAAUGAUGACUUUGAUUGGACACUCAAUAGCGGUGGCACCUCAAGCGAAGACACUGGGCCUGACUCAGACCACACUGUAGGAACUUCAAGUGGUUUCUACAUGUACACUGAAGCAUCUGCUCCCAGAGUUGCAUCCGAUAAAGCUCGACUAGACAGCCCCAAAGCCAUUGCACCUGCCACUGGUGCGUGUGUCAGAUUUUGGUACCACAUGUACGGGGCAGACAUGGGAUCAUUGACGGUAUACACAGGUGAUGGUCAAGGUGGUCUUGGCCCUGCCCGCUGGUCAGCGAAUGGUAACUCUGGUAACAAGUGGUUGAAUGCAGCAAUAAAUAUUGAUCUUGGGAGUAAGUUUCAGAUGAUUUUCAUCGGCGAACGUGGAAGUGAUGUCCUUGGUGACAUGGCGCUUGAUGACGUCAGCGUCGAUGAAGGGAAAUGUAACAAGCCGUUCUCGCCAGUUGACUGUGAUUUUGAUGGCACAACGCCCCUUUGCAAUUAUACCAAUAGCAAGAGCGAUAAUGGGGACUGGUACCGCAGGUCUGGUAAACUAAACAGUGACUCAAUUGGACCCGCUGCAGACCACACAACUGCAAACUCCUCGGGCUACUACCUCUACACAUCUGAUUAUGGUUCUAACCAGCCACGCCUAGAAGGGGUUACGGUUGUUGCACCAGCCAACGGCGCAUGCAUCACAUUUUGGUAUCACAUGUAUGGCUAUAACAUUGGCACACUCAAUGUCUACACCGAGACGAAUGACGUCCUUGGCUCGGCUCGUUGGUCUCAGUCGGGAUAUACCAAGGAAAGCAAGUGGUAUGAGGCAUCAAUCAGCAUCGAUCCAGGAAGUGAAUUUAAGCUCGUAUUCAUUUCCGAAAAUGCAUUCGGUUCCCAAGGCAACAUUGCAAUUGAUGAUAUAAGUCUAUCUGAUGGAGUAUGUUCAGCUCUACCUCCAAAAACGCCUGAUCCGUCCUUCCUGGUGGACUGUGAUUUUGACGAUGUCAUCCACCUGUGUCAUUAUACCAAUAGCAAGAAUGAUGAUGGUGAUUGGUAUCGCGAUUCUGGUAGCAUGAACGGUGUCUCAAUUGGACCAAGGACAGACCAUACUACCGGGAACUCUUCGGGCUACUACCUCUACACACCUGAUUAUGGUUCUAACAACCCACGCCUAGAAGGGGUGACAGUUGUCGGAUCAGCCAACGGCGCAUGUGUCACAUUUUGGUAUCACAUGUAUGGCUAUAACAUUGGCACACUCAGUGUCUACACUGAGACGAAUGGCGUCCUUGGCUCAGCUCGUUGGUCUCAGUCGGGAUAUACCAAGGAAAGCAAGUGGUAUGAGGCAUCAAUCAACAUCGAUCCACGAACUGAAUUUAAGCUCGUGUUCAUUUCCGAAAAUGCAGUCGGUUCCCAAGGCAACGUUGCAAUCGAUGAUAUAAGUCUUUCUGAUGGAGUAUGUUCAGCUCUACCUCCAAACACGCCUGAUCCGUCCUUCCUGGUGGACUGUGAUUUUGACGAUGCCAUCCACCUGUGUCAUUAUACCAAUAGCAAGAAUGAUGAUGGUGAUUGGUAUCGCGAUUCUGGUAGCAUGAACGGUGUCUCAAUUGGACCAAGGUCAGACCAUACAACCGGGAACUCUUCGGGCUACUACCUCUACACAUCUAAUUAUCGUUCUUACAAGCCACGCCUAGAAGGGGUGACGGCUGUCGCAACAGCAAGCGGCGCAUGCAUCACAUUUUGGUAUCACAUGUAUGGCCAUAACGUGGGCACACUCAAUGUCUACACUGAGACGAAUGGCGUCCUUGGCUCAGCUAGUUGGUCUCAGUCGGGAUAUACCAAGGAAAGCAAAUGGUAUGAGGCAUCAAUCAGCAUCGAUCCAGGAAGUGAAUUUAAGCUCGUGUUCAUUUCCGAAAAUGCAGUCGGUUCCCAAGGCAACGUUGCAAUCGAUGAUAUAAGUCUUUCUGAUGGAGUAUGUUCAGCUCUACCUCCAAACACGCCUGAUCCGUCCUUCGUGGUGGACUGUGAUUUUGACGAUGUCAUCCACCUGUGUCAUUAUACCAAUAGCAAGAAUGAUGAUGGUGAUUGGUAUCGCGAUUCUGGUAGCAUGAACGGUGUCUCAAUUGGACCCAAGGCAGAUCAUACUACCGGAACCUCUUCGGGCUACUACCUCUACACACCUGAUUAUGGUUCUAACAAGCCACACCUAGAAGGGGUGACGGCUGUCGCACCAGCCAGCGGCGCAUGCAUUACAUUUUGGUACCACAUGUAUGGCUAUAACAUUGGCACACUCAAUGUCUAUACUGAGACGAAUGGCGUCCUUGGCUCAGCUCGUUGGUCUCAGUCAGGAUAUACCAAGGAAAGCAAGUGGUAUGAGGCAUCAAUCAGCAUCGAUCCAGGAAGUGAAUUUAAGCUCGUGUUCAUUUCCGAAAAUGCAGUCGGUUCCCAAGGCAACGUUGCAAUCGAUGAUAUAAGUCUUUCUGAUGGAGUAUGUUCCGCUCUACCUCCAAACACGCCUGAUCCGUCCUUCCUGGUGGACUGUGAUUUUGACGAUGCCAUCCACCUGUGUCAUUAUACCAAUAGCAAGAAUGAUGUUAGUGAUUGGUAUCGCGAUUCUGGUAGCAUGAACGGUGUCUCAAUUGGACCACGGGCAGACCAUACUACCGGGAACUGUGAGUUUCAAUUUAGUCUUCGGCGAUGA